AUCUCAGCAGUGUGCCUUGCAUAUCUAAUGCUCGCAGGACAAAAAUUAGACCUCCAGCACUUGUUUACCCCUGCGAGCACUUUUAACUUUCCACUCUUGACAUACGCUGCACACUGCUGGACGUGGCAUAUGCAACAACUUGAGACGCAGAUCCCUCCGAGAUACAUAUUAAGUUGAUGCUGGAGCUCAUGCAAGAGAACUCCGCUGCAUGGACGAUAUGGUCUGGCAUUUCUUUCAACGACGCGCGUUAUCAUUCUGAUGGACGAUUCCAAUGUCCAGUCGAGCCUUGGAAUAGGAGGCCAUACAAUAGACUUGAUACUCAGCCCGACACGGAUGCUCCGCAUCCUGUUACGUGGAUGUCGGUCGCGGGGCUUCCUAUGCUAUUAGAUCACUGUCUUCGAAGUCUCAAGCUUGAUAUAAAUUCAAUCGAGGGUACUCAUUAUCUCGGCAAUCCUCUCUAUGCUACAACUCGGGCGAAGCAGCUUCUAUGUGUAGAAGUCCUCAUCAAACAUGGUGUAAGGUACAACCAUGAUUCGCGCAAUCGCCAUAAUCCUCUAAGAGCCGCAUUAGAAUUCGGUCUCGAAUUCGAUGGUCUGUCUUUAUCGGCGUUUAGAAGAGCCUGGGAUGUGCCAUUGAUUCAAGCCUUGUUAACUGCGACUGUCUGCACAAAUUAUAGUGAAUAUUUAGACUACAUGGAUAGUAUCCUAAGUAGUGGCGGACCCAUUGAAGUUGUCGAACUAUUCCUUGAACAUGGAGUUGAUCCAAAUUCUUCUCUUAUUAAGGCCUUCCGCAGCGAGAGAACGGAUAUUGUUAAUAUUGUUAGCUUACUAAUAGAAGCUGGAGCAAAUGUCAAUGUCUCUGACAACGUCCAUGAAAACCCUCUUCAGGAAGCAGUACUCGUAUGGGAGAAUUCUCAUAAAUUGAUACGGGUUCUGAUAAAGGCUGGAGCAGAUGUCAAUGCCACGAGCCGUGCAGAGACACGGACACCUCUAUUGAUCGCAGUAUCAUAUCCAUGCGAAGACGCCGCUGAAGCCCUCUUCGAGUCUGACAUGCAUGGACAUGGCAAUUGGAAUCAAGCAUAUUCUCAAUCUCAAGCUAUAGUAGAAGACAAGCUUGAGGCUAAAGAGCAGUGCGAAUAUUGGGGCACAGCAAUAGAAAGCGAAAGAGCGAUUUCAAUUCGAGAUAUGCUUCUGGACUAUGCCAAAAAGCAUGGAAUACCGAUACCAGAGUCUGAAACUUGGCCGGAAACGUACUGUAACAGGACUGCGGACAACGACGAGCAAGCCAUCAUUGAAGAAUUGAACGUGCAAAGCGAGGCAGAAGAGGAGUCGGAAUUUUGAGUAUUAUUUAGAUUCCUCUCAAGUCUGAAGCAACCAAGCCAAGGAGCUCUCACGUUCUUUAAAUCGUGGAGAAACGCGGUAGUUC